AUGCGGCCGCACACUAAUGGUGGCAACACGACCGGCGAUGUCGAGAUGGCGGCUCGCGAGCAAGCCACAUCACACAACGAGCCGUCAUUAUCUACGACUACCGUGCCUACACUACAGCCUUCUGAGACGGUACCAGUCCACAUUGCAGCCGAGAGCACAGCGUCGCAUGUAUCUUCCGAGAUUGCCUGGAGGCUGUACCUCUCGCACUUCCUCUCUACCUGGAACUCUCGCUGCUUCGAAUUCGGCUCCGUCCUCUUCUUCGCUGCAAUCUACUCGCAAACGCUGCUCUACUUGUCCAUCUACGCCAUCUGUCGUUCUGCGGCUGGCAUGAUCUUGGCCACCGCUAUUGGGAAGGCCAUCGAUAGCCAGCCGCGAUUGAGGAUUGUGCGAAUUUCUAUUGUUGGAGGCCGCAUGGCCGUUAUACUAUCCUCCCUGGGGAUCUGGUCGCUAUGGAUGUAUAAAUCAAUUCCGUGGAACGCCAAUAUGGCGCUCUUCAGCGGAUUGAUCCUCCUCUCGUGCGUGGAGAAGGCGGCAUCGAUGAUGAAUCUGGUCGCGGUGGAGCGGGACUGGGAUGCGCCGAAUCGAUCUCGUCUGCAAGCUUGCGGGCCCACUAUUCAUAGCCCUGGUCGAUGGCGCAUCGACGACGGUGGCUAUAUGGCUUCUCCUCGGACUGAACGCCCUCUGCUUGCCGAUCGAAUACCUGGCUAUUGCGCAAGUAAGUCCUCGGAUCCCAAGCAGCCAGAGCUCAUGAAGACGCAAAAGAAAACCCCACGUACUGACCGAGACGACCCAAUACGAAAGGUCUACAGCCGCGUCCCAGACCUCCGCCUCCCCAAACCAUCCCGAGAACAUGCGCCCGUCAGCCACAACACGAGCCAGGCAAGACAGAUCCAGCAACGUCUCAUCUCACCCUUCACCGACGCCCGGAGGGCCUUGACCCACUACUCGCACCACCGAGCCUUCACGCCCUCCCUAACCCUCGCUCUCCUCUACCUCACCGUCCUCUCCUUCUCCGGCCAAAUGACAACCUAUCUCCUCUCCGCCGGCCUGAACACCUUCUACAUCGGCCUCAUCCGCUCCCUCUCCGUCCUAAUCGAACUCUCCGCGACCUGGCUAGCCCCACGCCUAAUGUUCCGGAUCAGUCCCGCGCGAUCCGCAAUGUGGUUCCUGAACUGGCAGAUCCUGUGGUUAGCAGGGACCGUGACGUUCUUCUGGAGUUGGGAAGGGAGGAGGGGUGGGAUGGUUGCUGCGUGGGGUUUAGCGGUGGGGACGAUCAUGAGUCGGGUCGGCUUAUGGGGUUAUGAUCUCAGUGCCCAAGUCAUCAUCCAGACAGAAGUAGAAGUAGUCCACCGCGGCUCCUUCUCCACAACCGAAGCCGCCCUCCAAAACCUCUUCGAGCUCCUAGCCUACGCGCUCACCAUCGCCCUCCCCCAACCACGACAGUUCAAAUUCCCUGUUCUCGUGAGCGGGGUCGUGGUGUUGGCGGCUGGGUUCCUGUACGCCUACUACCUACGCUCGAGGAGGGGGCAUCUGGUGCAUAUCCCGUGCACUACAAAGUCGUCAGAUGCAUCCGCGGAGGCGUAG